AUGCUGGGCCUGGUCGCGUGCGAGCUGGGGGCGCAGCUGUUGGAACUGCUCCGGCUGGCGCUAUGCGCCCGAGUCCUUCUAACAGACAAAGAAGGGGGGCAGCGGCCACCAGAUGAGGUGCUGGACGAGGCUGUGCCAGGGUACCAGGCCCCGGCGCGGAAGAGCCUCCUGGAGAUCCAGCAGCUGGACCCAGACGAUGAGAGCCUGGCCAAGUACAAGCGGGUGCUUCUGGGGUCCCUGCCGCUAGCUGUGGACCCGAGCCUGCCCAAUGUGCAGGUGACCAGGCUGACGCUGAUGUCUGAGCAGGCUCCAGGGCCCAUGACCAUGGACCUCACAGGGGAGCUGGCUGCACUGAAAAACCAGGUGUUCGUCCUGAAGGAGGGUGUUGAUUACAAAGUGAAGAUUACUUUUAAGGUCAAUAAGGAGAUUGUCAGUGGCCUCAAGUGUCUGCAUCACACCUACCGCAGGGGCCUGCGAGGGAAGACCACCUUUCCUGGGAGUGGGGCCUCCACAUCUGUCAAGACUGGAAGAGCUGAGCGCCCACCCUCCCUGCCCUGCCCUGGGGGCCGUCUUCCUGCCUGGGAUCCUGGUUCCCUCUGCCUGGCAGUCACUGCGCACGGGCCCCGAGCAUUCCCCAGCCCCUCUGUCAGUGACCAGACCCCUCAUGACCUCUGCCCUGCCUCAGGACACCCCCUUCCUGGGCUUGGCACUGUGCCCUGAAUAGCCCCAUUAAACGCCUGUCUCGGUGCCCACGGUGUCGCCUCUGUCUA